AAAGUCUUACGCUCUCUGUUCCUCUGUCACACCAUAUUCAGUACUGCCAGCACCAUUAAACGUAACUCUCUUUUUCCCCUUUAGCUUUUUACCACCCCUCUCUCUCUCUCUAAAGCCCUAAAAUCCAACUCCCUCGGUCCUCGGUUCUCCUUUUGCUCUGGCUCUCCCAACCAUGGAAGCCUUCAGCUUGCUCAAGUACUGGAGAGGUGGAGGUAGUGGCUUGGCUGGCGGAGGCCCAGCUGCUGCUAACACACCCACCACCUCUAGCAUCACAACUAGUGAUGCCGCCGUGCGCCAGCAAGUGGAAACCGACGAUGACGAUGACGACGAAGGUCCCUUCUUUGACUUGGAAUUCACGGUGCCUGAUGAUGAAGAAGGCGAAGGCGGAGAUUACCACGACAAUGACGAAGAAGAUGACAAUGAAGAUGGCGGAGGUGGCGACGAAGAUGACAGUGACUUGGCGGGAACGGAUGGAGAGCGGGAGUUCAACUUCACAGUGUCGUCUGUCUCCAGCGGUGACCCAACAGACCCCAACCUCUCCUUCUCCCCUUCUGAUGAUCUCUUCUUCAAAGGAAGGCUCGUGCCACUCGAGUCCUCCUCUCUUGUUUUUAAUCCUUCUGAGCCCAACUCCAAGCAUCAGUUCCCCGUCUCCUUGCUCAAGUCGGCUACCAAGUUUCGCGUCUUUAUGUUGGGCUUCAAGAAACCAAAACCGACGUCAACGACGACGACGACAACGACAACAACAGAGAAGACGGAGACUAAUGAGGCCAAUAUGACUUCUCCAGAGGACCAGCAACCUGAUACACAACAGCAACAGAAGCAGCAGCAGGAUAAUCAUCACCACAGCAAACUUUUUACUGUAAAAUUCAAAGUCGAAGAGGUCCCCAUAAUUUCCCUGUUCACUAGGGAUGGUAGUUCCAGAAGCUCUGCUAAUAAACAACAGAAGCAAAACUCUGACGAGACAGCCACGGACGACAAGCGCUUUUCCAAAGAUAUGGUGCAGAAAUAUCUGAAGAUGAUCAAGCCGCUCUACAUUAGGGUGUCGAGGAGGUACGGAGAGAAGAUUAGAUUUUCUGGACAUCUAAGCUUGGGCUCGGGAAAGGCAGCAUCGUCGCCGGUGGCGGCGGAAACGAAGAUGGAAACACCGGUGUCGUCUCCCACGACGGCAAACAACAAUCACGGAGAAGCAGAGGAGGCCGAGGCACCCACGAGUAAUAAUGCCAAGCCCCUGCUUCAUAAACAGGUGAAUAUACCGGCGGGCUUGCGAGUGGUUCGUAAGCACCUAGGAAAAAGCCGGUCAGCGUCUUCGGCGGUCGCCGCCAUAAAGCCAGUGGCGUCCCAGUCAAGGAGACGGGAUGAUUCACUGUUACAGCAGCAGGACGGGAUCCAGAGCGCUAUUCUUCAUUGCAAGAGAUCGUUCAAUGCUUCUAAAGAUUCGGACCAUACUCUUCUUUCGCGGUCUGCGAGCGACCCAUCACAUGAGAAGUCCAUUUGCCCAUCGAAAAACUCUUCCGAGGGAAAUGACAGUCGCAGUUGAAGCUCUCGUGUAAAAUCCUGGAACCAUCUUCAGCUCUGAGUGGGGGGCGUGAAAGGAGCUCGAACCAGAGAAACAGAAUAGUGAAUCGGUUAUCUAGGUCCUGUUUUCUGUUUAAAUUUUGUAAAAAAGAAGAUGAAAAAUAGUAGGAUUAGGAUAUGGGAGUUAAUUAGUAAUGUGGGUUGAUCUGAUCAUUCUGUAGAUUUCUAGUUGACUAGUCUCUUACUGUAAAGUGAUCUAUGUAUGUGAAGAUAUUUUUAUAUCUUCGAAUCCGUGUAAGCAGAGUGCUCACAUUGGAAAUCAAGUAACUCGUGUAGUCUGGAAUUUUGAUCCUUUUUGCUCAA